UCUGCGCAUGCGCAUCUAAUAAUCCUGCUCACCUCCAUCAUGGCGGCGAGGGGCCAUGUGCAAGACCCCAACGACAGGCGACUGCGACCUAUUUACGAUUACCUGGACAAUGGCAAUAACAAGAUGGCAAUCCAGCAGGCCGACAAACUGCUCAAGAAGCACAAAGAUCUUCACUGCGCAAAGGUCCUGAAGGCUAUUGGUCUGCAGCGCACAGGCAGACAGGAUGAAGCGUUCACGCUGGCACAGGAAGUGGCCAUUCUAGAGCCAACAGACGACAAUUCCCUUCAGGCACUGACCAUCCUGUACAGGGAAAUGCACCGGCCUGAGUUAGUGACCAAGCUGUAUGAAGCGGCAGUCCGGAAGGUCCCGACAAGCGAGGAGUAUCACUCCCACCUCUUUAUGGCCUACGCUCGUGUCGGAGAAUACAAGAAAAUGCAACAGGCUGGAAUGGCACUGUAUAAAAUUGUUCCCAAAAAUCCCUAUUAUUUCUGGUCUGUUAUGAGCUUAGUGAUGCAGGCCAUCUCAGCACAAGACGAGAAGCUCUCUCAGACCAUGUUCCUGCCAUUAGCCGAGCGCAUGGUGGAGAAAAUGGUGAAAGAGGAGAAGAUUGAGGCAGAGGCGGAGGUGCAGCUGUAUUUUAUGAUCCUGGAGCGUUUGGGGAAGUAUGUGGAGGCACUAGAGGUGGUGCAGGGGCCACUUGGAGAGAAGCUGACCAGUGAACUUCAGAGUCGUGAGAACAAAUGCAUGAUGUUGUACCGUCGUCUUGAGCACUGGCCCGAGUGCAACGCUCUCUCCUGCAAACUGCUCCUGAAAAACCCCGAUGACUGGCAAUUCUACUUGAUGUAUUUUGACUCUUUGUUUCACCUGAUCAAUCAGAGCUGGAUGCCCUCACAGGAAGGAGCACAUUCUGCAGAAGGGGAGGUGCACUCCUCCGUGGCCCAGGCCAUCAGUUUCAUAGUGGAUCGCUUGAACACAGAGGAGGCGAAAGAGUCCAAACAUCUGAGAGGACCCUAUCUGGCCCGUUUGGAGCUUAUUAAACGCCUCCGAGAACACAACUGUCCUGAAGCACCGCAGCUAGGUGAACCUCUGGAGCUCAUGUUUCAGUUUUUCGUGAAGUUUGGAGACAAGCCGUGUUGCAUCACAGACCUGAAGAUCUUUGUGGAUCUUUUGACUCCUAACCAACAUGUGCAGUUUAUAAACAGGCUGAUGGAGGCCGUGCCACUGGGCGCUCCAGGAGAGGAUGGCGUCGCUCUGCCAGCAGACACGCGGGCUCUUCAGAGACACCUCUGCGUGACCCAGCUCAGUCGCUGUCUGGGGUUACAGCACGCUCCAAACAGGGAGGGCAAACUGGACGUCAUCAAAGAGCUUAAGGCACAUUACCACCAUGGCUUACAGUUCGGAAAGUCGUGUUUAAAAACGGAGUUACAGUACUCGGAUAUGUACUGUCUGAUGGCAGCGCAUGUCUAUAUAGACCUGUGGACUGAGACAGGUGAUCAGAAUGUGUUAUGGCAGAGUCUGGGGAUGUUAGAAGAAGGUCUCGCUCAUAGUCCCUCUAACGCUCAAUUCAAACUGCUGCUUUUGCUCCUGUACUGCCGUCUGGGGGCGUUCGAGCCUGUGGUAGAUCUUUACUCCAGUCUGGACGCCAAACACGUCCAGCACGACACCAUAGGGUAUAUAUUGACCCGCUAUGCAGAGUCUUUGGGCCAGUUUGCUGCUGCUUCCCAGUCUUGUAACUUCUCCCUCAGGUUUUUUCACUCCAACCAGAAAGAUACCUCAGAAUACAUUAUUCAAGCUUAUAAGUAUGGUGCUUUUGAGAAAAUCCCCGAGUUCAUCGCCUUCAGGAACCGACUCAAUCAUUCGCUGCACUUCGCCCAGGUGCGCACGGAGAGGAUGCUGCUCGACCUCCUCCUGGAAGCAGACAUAUCUUCUACUUUGGAGGAGAGCGUUAAAGCAAUGUCUCUGUGUCCGGAAGAGGAUGACGUCCCGUGGGACAACUUAAGGGACAACCGAGACCUGACUGUCCUCGUCAGCUGGAACCCUAAAGAAUGGCAGUUGAAUGAGGAACACCAGCAGCGCUCUGUCGAGGACGAGACCUUAUGGCUGAAGUUGCGAUCGCUCACCCUACGUCUGAUUGGCUGCAUCUCGGCAUUGAGUCACCCACCCACGCCUCGUAACUCAGAAAAGACGACUGAGAAUGGAAUUUCCACCAAACCGUCGACUCUACAGUCGCUGCUGUCCCAACUAGAGAACACACUAAACCAGGCCGUACAGUUUACGGAAAAACACGGACAGCAUCAGUACCCGUUUCUGGGUCCUGUCCAGUCUCGGUUGACUCAGGCUCUGUCCAGUGGUUGCUGUCAGUGUCAGCUAUCCUCUCUACAACUUCCUCUUCACCUCCAGGAGCUCGAGACUGCCGGUUUAGAUGAAUCAGCGGAGCUUCAGACACAAAUCUCAAAUCUUUUCAAGUCUUUAACAGUACAACUUCAAGACAUGUUGGAAAAGUGUAAAGGUGACCUGUUUGAAGUUAAAGAUGGUCAAAACAUGACACAGCCCUCCCUAAUAGAAAACCUAGUCUACUUUGUUGAAACCAUUAGUAUCGUCCUGUGGGUGUGUAAUUACUGCGGUAGUGUUCUCCGACCCCUAAAGUCCAGCUUACAAAAGAAGAAGAAAAAGAAAAAAGACUCCAGCAUAGUUACGCCGGUGGUGCUGACAGGAUUCCAGGAGUUCAAUGGCAGCUUGCAGAGUCUCCUCAGCCAGUCCGUAGAGCUCAUAAAGGGACAGGAAACCAGCCUGAUUACACUUAAGCUGGAAGCCCUUAAUCUGGACGGACAAACCCAGACUGAGGCGGAGGCGACCUUCACGAAGAACGCGAUCGAUAAGGUGCAGAGCAGCUACCUGCGUUCACUGCAGGAGAUCGGGGAACUGUUGAAGAAGCGAGUGGACACGUUCAAAUCCUUCAAAAUCUGAGAGCUCCAUCAAUCCACCAACCAAUCCAGUCCCUGACCUGCACAGCUCCAUGUGGCGGCGUCCUCUGUCCCUAACACGUCCUUAUGUCUUUCUGUCUCUGUACGAACGCAAAGUCUGUGAACUCAUUAAGUCGAGCUUACCGGACUCUCCCUUGUCUUACCUUCUUUACCUUUUAUUUAUGUCUCAUUACUCGCAUACAGAUACAGGCACACUGUAAAGUUCAACAACGGCUUCAGCACAAAUGUGUACGGUGCUCCAAGCAGCACUUUUAAGUGGAAAAAUAAACUUCAUAUCCCUAGAAAAACUACAUAGGCGAACGAACAAGCAGUUUUAGGAGUACUGCUAUAAAUUAUUGUACAUAGUGUGAAGAUAAAGAUCAACAAGAACUCCUUGAUGAAUUAAAGUGAACUGCUUUUUUCCUUGUCGAUGUCUUGCGUUAUUGUCUCAAUGUUACUUCCCAGCCGUAGACCACACGAAAGCACCCGACACUCCAAAGUGAGACCCCUAUCGGUGCCACUGCGUAUCUGAAGUAGCCAACUUCGAUCCAACUUCCAUGCUGACACUUUCCGCAAUGUGUUUACGUAGCUAUUCGCGAUGCUCUAGCUCGACGUUAGAUGUGUUGCGUACAUUUUUGGGAAAACGCAUGAUGGUGAUCAGGGCGGGGUGAUGUAACAAUCCUAUAAACGAUUUGUUAAGACGCUUUCGUCAGUAUAUUUGUUCCCAAAUCAGCUAAUGUUUGGUGCUUAUAUUACGAUAUUGUUUGUAUGUUACAAAUGACAUUCGAAAUGAAGCUUUGUUCUGACAAAGCAUUGGAUUUGUCAUCAGAUACAACAGUGUAACAGCAUUGACUGCUACAUGAAAGACGCCAUUGUCUAUGGGACAUGCCGAGGGUUUAAAUUGAUAUGCGUUAAGGUUCAAAGAUCAAAUUUGAAAUGUAUUUAAUGCUUAAAUAUACAAAUGAAUUGUUUGGUCAAAAGUUGUUUGAAUGGUUUACGUUUGAACUCAUAAAACUUGCACUGAUUGUCCCUUAAAUUGUGAGGUUAUAUUAUUAUUAUUGAUACCAAAAACAUCAAAAUUAGCCUUGCAUUAGCACCACAUAAGCAUGGUAGAGAGGUUUUUAUAAGACUGAAUUGUUGAUGUCUAACGGAAAGUGCAACUGUUUACAACGUUUUCGAACACGAAUCAUGUUUAUAGUAAUAUCGGCGUGUUAAACGGUGUGCAGCAAUCUAUGAGCUUUCACUGCUUUAUAUCUGGGGGGUAGAUGCUUUUCUCUUUUGUCAAGCUUUUUAUUAUUUUAAUUAAAGAAGAGGAUCGAGGACCGCUUGUGCAAUGAACGCUUCAUCUGUUGCUCCGGCCUCUGGAAUGUCCAAUAUUUCCGAACUGAAGGGCUCAUACUACAUUCUAACGGUCACAAACAACGAGGAUGACAACAUUUCUAAAACCGAGGAGAUCAUUUGGAGAUGUCAAGAGGUGGUUGGAAAUGCGUCGGCUGUUUAUUUCUUUUGUUUGGGAAAUUGAUUGAAAACAAAGACACUGGAAUGUGAAAAGGAUUUUUUUUUUUUUUUUUUUUUAAAUAAAAUGUAAAUGUUCCACUUGUCGUGUCCACAUUUGCUUUCUUAUUUUAUUUAUUUUAAUUUUGUGUUCACGUAGUUUAGCAUUAGAAAUGAGU